AUGGAGGGAAUGGAUGAUAGCAUAGAACAGCCAACGGACGACAUACAAGAAAGUGUGAGCGACAUAACGGUCAAUUAUUUUAACACUGUGACAACAGAGUAUGCUGAAGACAAAAUAUUAAAGAAUGCAAAAGUUCAAAUGAAGCAAAUAAUGGACUUAUUGCCAGAACCAUAUAAAUCUAAUCUUAGAAUUGAAGAACGAAGGGAAGUGAAGGACAGAAUUGUCCAACUUUUUUCCGCUGUACAGCAAAUGUACGGCAUCCUUUCUGAGCUAAGAACAGAAAAGGAGGAUCAAAACAGGAUUCCUCUAAAUAUAAUAGAAACAUUAAAUGAAAUUAAAGCAAAUACCCAACCAGGCAACUCAGGGAAUAAUCCCCAAAGCUACGCUGAAGUAGUAAGAGCUAACUUAACUCCACAAAAACUACAAAGCCAAAACACAAAAGAUAUAAACAAAAACAAAGAAAUAGAGAACAGCAGUGCUGUAUUAAUCUAUCCCAUUAAUGAGGAGGAAGAAAUGACAACAAAUAUGGAUACAAUCCUGAGGAAAAUAAAAGAGGAAAUCCAACCAAAACAAUUAAAAAUAAAGGUCAAGGGUAUCAAACCGGUUAAAGGAAAUGGGCAAUGUAUCACAGUGGGGAGCAAGGAAGAAGGGGAAAGGCUUAAGACAGCAAUUGAAGGGAUAGAAGAGUUAGAAAAUAAAAUCAAAUGUAAAAUCUCGGGUAAAAGACAACCAAGAGUCAUCUUACUGAAUAUUCCCAACUGUAUUUCAGAUAAUGAAAUUAUUAAAACAAUGAUAAAACAAAACGAUAUCUGGAAUAACACAGACGAAUCCAAGGUCGAAGAAAACAUCAGAUUAACAUCUAGUCUUAAGAGCAAAAAAGAUGAAGAUAAAUAUAGACAUGUAGUGCUAACCGUUACCCCUGCAAUCAGAAAUUCUUUAUUAAAAAGCAAGACAAUAGCAAUUUCAUGGAGUAUAAUUAGAGUCGAUGACUUUAUACCAAUACAGAGAUGUUUUCAAUGCUGCGGCUUUGGGCAUUGGGCAAGAGAUUGCAAAGAGCAACAGAAAUGCAGCCAUUGUAUGAAAAGACACAGAUACAACGAGUGUAAUUUAAAGCAUACAAUACCAUCAUGUACUAACUGUAAAAAAUUAAACAAAGAGUUGCCUCCAGACAAGAAACAUUCAACCAAUCAUAAUGCGUUUAGCAAAGAUUGCCCAACAUUACAAAAACUGAAGGCACAAAUAAUAAAACGAAUAGAUUAUGGACAGUAAUCUUUAUCAAAACAAAACACAGUCAAAAACAACAAACAAAGGUCAGCAAUUUAAUCAUACAAGGAAAACAACAAAUUCAACGGAUUUGAAAAUUAUUCAACUUAAUGCCCAAAAAGCAAAAGCUCCAAGCUCCAUCUUAGUACAUAAAGCAAACGAACUUAAUAUAGACAUCAUUCUUAUACAGGAGCCAUACGCAGUAAAUAAAGAAGUUGUAUGCCUAGGGAACUGGAAAUUAUUGUACAAGAAAGGUAACAACAUCCCGAAAAGUUGCAUAGGUGUAAGAAAUGACAAUUUAGAUAUUGCCCUUAUCCCAAGUCUAUCAGAUGAUAUUAUAACAACAGCAGUGUUGCACUGUGAUCAGGACAUUUUCAUAAUCAAUGCUUACUUAUCACCAUAUAUGAAAGAUGAGAAAGGGGUGGAAGAAAUAAGUAAAAUUUUAAGAAAGUUAAACACAAAAAAUAUAAUAGUUGCCGGGGAUAUCAACGCCAAGUCGGCGAUUUGGUAUAAUGAAAUAGAGGACAAUAGGGGACGAUUGAUAGCUGAUAUGAUGGAAGAGCACGACUUGAUAUCGGUAAACAUGUCUGAUCAUCCGACGUUUUUCACCACACGGGCUAAGGGAUGGACAGAUGUGUGUUUGGUUACUAGUGAAUUAGCGCAAAGUGUAAUAGACUGUGAAACUCUCCUAACUAAUACAGCUAGUGAUCAUAGAUUUAUUAUGACUCAAAUCAACAGAGUGAGAACUGAUAUUAAUUAUGGCUAUAUUAGUUCAAAACAUAUAAACUGGGAGCUGUACAGGAAAACUUUUAAUGAAAUAUGGUCAAACCACGAUUACCCAAAAAUUAAAAAUGUCAAUGAUAUAGAUAACUAUGUAAAAAUCUUAACAACAGACAUUCAACAAGCAAGAGAUAGAGCAAGGAAAACAAC